AUGACCCUAGUAUUGUCCCUCAGAGGUAUCUUCUUGUAUCCAGCUGUAAGACAAGUCCAGAUCCUCACAGCUGCUAACCCUGCUCACAAUGGCCGUGUGUGCAGCACAUGGGGAAACUUCCAUUUCAAGACCUUUGACGGAGACAUAUUCACCUUCCCUGGGCUCUGUAAUUAUGUUUUUGCCUCCCACUGCAACGCUCCCUACGAGGACUUCAACAUCCAGAUUAGGCGUGAAGUGGUGGCAAACACUUCGACUGUCAACCGCAUCACCAUGAAACUCGAAGGUGUCGUUGCAGAACUAACAAAGGGUGCUGUCCUGGUCGAUGGCAACAGAGUUCAACUGCCAUACAGUCAAUCUGGUAUAACGAUAGAGAAGAGCAGCAUUUAUGUGAAAGUUGGCAGCAAAAUCGGUGUUGUGUUGCUGUGGAAUGAAAAGGACAGCAUUCUGCUGGAAUUGAAUGCAAAAUAUGCCAAUCAGACUUGUGGACUUUGUGGUGACUUCAAUGGCUUUCCCAUAUACAAUGAGUUCAUUUCAAACAAUAUUAAGAUGACAGCCUUGCAGUUUGGGAAUAUGCAGAAAAUGGAUGGGCCAACAGAACAUUGUGAAGACUCCACUUCUCUCCCGACAUAUAACUGCCCUGAUAAUCUUGAUGACAUAUGCGAGAAAACAUUGACCAGCUCUGCAUUUGCAGAAUGUAAUGACCUAGUUGAUGUUAAAGAUUACAUUAAGAUUUGCCAAGAUGACUUGUGCCGCUCUGCAGAAUCUAAAAACAGCUCAUGCAUCUGUGACACCUUUGCUGAGUACUCCCGGCAGUGUGCUCAUGCUGGUGGGCAGCCUCUGGACUGGAGAACUUCAAAACUGUGCCCCAAGAAGUGUCCUUACAACAUGCAGUACCAGGAGUGCAACUCUCCCUGUGCUGAUACAUGCACAAAUCCUGAACGAUCUCUGUUUUGUGAAGAGCACUGUAUCGAUGGCUGCUUCUGUCCCCCAGGGACCCUGUUUGAUGACAUCAACAAUUCUGGCUGCAUUCCCCAGCAGGAGUGCUCCUGUAUUUACAAUGGCAAAACCUAUGCUACAGGAUCUUCUUUUUCAGAGCCAUGCCAGACCUGUACCUGUAAUGGAGGCCAGUGGAGCUGCCAAGACAAGUCAUGCCCAGGAACAUGCUCUGUAGUGGGGGGUUCCCACAUUUCCACAUAUGAUAAGAAGCACUACGAUCACCAUGGAGGUUGCACUUACGUCCUCUCUAAGGACUGUAAAGAUGAAAAAUUUACCAUCCUGGCAGAACUACGCAAGUGUGGCCUAACUGACACUGAGACCUGCUUAAAGUCAGUGACCCUCAACAUGAAUAAAGGACAAACUAUUGUCGAGGUCAAACCUGAUGGUGGUGUGUUUGUGAACUCCAUCUACACCCAGCUGCCCAUGUCAGCAGCUAAUGUCACCAUGUUCAGACCUUCCUCAUUCUUCAUGAUCAUGGACACAAGCUUUGGCGUCCAGGUUGAAAUACAGUUCAUACCCACGAUGCAAGUGUUUGUGCAUCUGGAUGCUUCUUUCAAAAACCAGACUUGUGGUCUCUGUGGAAAUUUCAAUAACAUUCAAACUGAUGACUUCAAGGUCAUAAGUGGAAUAAUUGAAGGAACUGCAUCAGCAUUUGCUAAUACAUGGAAAACUCAGGCCUCAUGCCCUAAUAUCCAGCAGAGUUUUGAGAAUCCUUGUGCACUCAGCAUUGAUAACGAAAAAUAUGCUCAGCAUUGGUGUGGACUACUCACUGACACCACAGGACCUUUUGCUGCUUGUCACUACACAGUGAAUCCCACUGUUUACCACACGAACUGCAUGUUUGACACAUGUAACUGUGAAAAUAGUGAAGAUUGUCUGUGUGCAGCCCUGUCUGCCUAUGUAAGAGCUUGUGCUGCAAAAGGAAUCCAGCUGCAGGGAUGGAGGACUGAUGUCUGCUCAAAAUACACCACUUCAUGUCCCAAAUCCCUGAGCUACAGCUAUACCAUCUCUUCCUGUCAACCCACCUGCCGGUCUCUGAGUGAGCCUGAUGUCACAUGCAAUAUUAAGUUUGUCCCAGUUGAUGGCUGCACUUGUGUAAAUGGAACCUACAUGGAUGAGAGUGGCAAAUGUGUGCCUGCUAAUGAAUGCCCCUGCUAUUACAGAGGAUCUCCUAUACCAUUUGGAGAAGUGGUCCAUGAAAACGGGCGUGUAUGCACUUGUGUCAAGGGAAGACUGAAUUGCAUUGGAGAACCAAAUGAAACUCCAGUCUGUAAAUCUCCCAUGGUCUACUUUGACUGUAAAAACAACACAGCAGGAACAACUGGAGCAGAAUGUCAAAAAAGUUGCCAGACUCUGGAUAUGCAAUGUUAUAGCUCACAAUGUACAUCUGGCUGUGUGUGCCCAGAUGGGCUUGUGUUAGAUGGGAAUGGUGGUUGCAUUCCUGAAGAAGAAUGUCCAUGUAUCCACAAUGAAGCCAUGUAUCAGCCUGGGGAAAAGAUCAACUUCGACUGUAACACCUGUGUAUGCAAGAAUAGGAAGUGGGAAUGUACCAAAGAUCAAUGUCUGGGCACUUGUGCUAUUUAUGGAGAUGGCCAUUAUAACACCUUUGAUGACAAAAGGUUCAGCUUCAAUGGAAACUGUGAAUACACACUAGUCCAGGACCACUGUGGAAAAAGUAGCACAGUCAAUGGGACCUUCAGGGUUGUCACUGAAAAUAUUCCUUGUGGCAACACUGGGACAACUUGCUCAAAAUCUAUCAAAGUUUUCUUAGAGAGCUAUGAACUGAUCCUUGGUGAAGAGCAUGUCAGUGUUGUAAAGAGAGGACAGAAUGACAAGGUGCCAUACACAGUCCGCUCCAUGGGAAUGUACUUGGUAGUUGAGACCAAAAGUGGACUGAUCCUCAUGUGGGACAAGAAAACAAGCAUCUUCAUCAAGCUCAGCCCUAGUUUCAAGGGCCAGGUCUGUGGUCUCUGUGGAAAUUAUGAUGGCAACAGCAUCAAUGACUUUACUACAAGGAGUCAGUCUGUAGUAGAGAAUGUCCUAGAGUUUGGAAACAGCUGGAAGGUAUCCUCUACAUGCCCUGAUGCUUCCAGUGUCAAGGACCCAUGUUCUGCCAACCCUUAUCGGAAGUCCUGGUCAGAGAAGCAGUGUAGCAUCAUCAACAGCAAUGUCUUUUCUGCUUGUCACUCUCAGGUUGAACCAGCAAAAUAUUACCAAGCAUGUGUGACAGACGCUUGUGCCUGUGACACUGGAGGAGACUGUGAUUGCUUUUGUACAGCAGUAGCUGCCUAUGCUCAAGCAUGUAGUGAAGUUGGUGUAUGCAUAGCCUGGAGAAGCCCAACAAUUUGUCCACUGUUUUGUGAUUAUUACAAUCAGCAAGGAGAAUGUGAAUGGCAUUAUAAGCCUUGUGGUGCUUCCUGUAUGAAGACCUGCAAGAAUCCAAGUGGAAAAUGUCUCAAUGACUUGCCAGGUUUAGAAGGCUGCUACCCUAACUGUCCACCAGACAAACCAUAUUUUCACGAGGAUCAGAUGAAGUGUGUUAGUCUCUGUGACUGUUAUGAUGAUGAGGAUGGAAAGAUAUAUAAACGGGAUGAAUGUAAUAUAUGUGAGUGCACAUCAGAAGGUUUACAGUGCAAGUUCGAUGAUAAAGCUUGCAACUGCAUUUAUGAAGAGAAUAGCUAUAAAUAUGGUGAACUCAUCUACAACACCACAGAUGGAACUGGAUGGUGUUUCAGUGCAACAUGCGAUGUCAAUGGAACAAUAAGCAGAAAUAUCUUUAAAUGUGGCUUUUUUACAACAACCCCAUUUACAUUUUCCACAAGUCAGCCCACAACUACUGCUUCAGAAAUUACAACUGCAACACCAGUGACAACUGUAUGUGUGAAAAAUGUCUGUACGUGGUCAGAAUGGUACGAUUCCACUCAGCCUGAAAACAAAGAGGACAGUGGAGAUAAUGAAACAUUUCAAAAUCUCAAGGAAAAAGGAUACAGUGUGUGUACAAACCCAAGCGAUGUUCAAUGCAGAGCCAAAGAACACCCAGAUACUGAAAUUACCAGCCUUAACCAAACAAUAGAGUGCAGUCAAAGCAGAGGAUUAAUAUGCGAAAACCAGAAACAAGAAUCUAAGCAGUGCUACAAUUAUGAAAUCAGAGUAUCAUGCUGCAGAUACAUACCAUGUUCUAAUGUACAAACUACAACACCAACAACCACAAGACAAUUCACAACUACUGCAGUAGAAUCAACACCAUUUACAGUACAGACAACAAUAAUACCAACAACACAAAAACAAAAGAGUGAAAUAACUACAACACCACUGAGAGACAGAGAAAAAACAACUCCUCUGACGGAAAUAUCAAUAACAGCAACGACGUCACUACUCUCAACAACAGGUUACCAAAGCACAACUACUACAACAGAAACCUCCACUGUGGUAACCCAAGCUCUAUCAUCAGCCAGUACUAUCUCCACUCCCCCAGAAUCAACACCAGAAACCACUCAUGGCACCAAAAUAAUCUCCAGUACUACUGCACUGCCAACGCAAGGCACAACUGUCACUACACCCACACCAGGAGUGCCUACCCAAGCUACCACCAGUGUCAGCACCUCCACAACCACCACGGAAAGCACCACUACAUCUACAGAAAAAACUCUUCCAACUGUAUUAUCCACUGUUGCUAUUCAAACAUCACCAAUUACUGGCUCCACCCAUGAAAUAAAAUUAAGAACCACUGCUGGAACAACAGGUGUCCCCAGCACCACGGCCCAGGCCAGAGAGGGCACAACCAACAUUGCAACCACCACUAGCACCACUCCUCCUCAGACUGACGGCAUAACAACCAUCACCCCACCCACAACAACAGAGCCUUCCCCAUCCACGACCACUAUCCGCAUUUCCAAUACCACAGACAACUGUGUGGUGGAGCGCUGUGCCUGGACACAGUGGUUUAACGUGGACUCCCCUACUCCAGGCAGUGAAAAUGGAGAUUUAGAGACAUUUGAAAACAUCCGAGCUGCUGGGUAUGAGUUGUGUGAGAAGCCACAAGACAUAAAGUGCCGAGCUAAAGAUUACCCUGACAAAAUUGUGAAAAUAAUGGGACAGAAAUUUGAGUGUAGCCUUGAGAAGGGGCUUGUGUGCAGAAAUAGGGACCAGACUGUCAAGUACCCCACGUGCUUAGACUACGAGGUCUCAGUGUUGUGCUGUGACCGAAAACACUGUCAGACAACAGUAGCACCGCCAGGAACCACUGUAAGCACCUCCACAACAUACGCCCGAGAAAAAACAACCACAACAGCUACCCAACCUGCAGCAACACCAACUCCUCUCCCCACGCUUCCACAGCGAGAAACAACAACCACUACAGGAACAACAAGUGGACCCUCAACACAAGGAACCACUAUCAUCACCCCAAGAUACACAGUGCCUAAACCAGCCACCAGUACUGCCACUACCACAGGGACCACUGCAAGAAGCACAAGUGCCUCAGUCACUUCAGCUCCAGGAGAAACCUCCAGUGCAGCAACUCAGGCUCCAACAUCUCCCAUAACAAGCUCUCAAGUCAAAAUAAGAACCACUGCUGGAACAACAGGUGUCCCCAGCACCACGGCCCAGGCCAGAGAGGGCACAACCAUCAUUGCAACCACCACUAGCACCUCUCCUCCACAAACUGAAGGUACAACAACCAUCACCCCACCCACAACAACAGUGCCCACGCCAGCCACCAGUACUGCCAGCACCACAGGGACUACCGAGGGAAGUAGCACAAGUGCCUCAGCCACAUCAGCUCCAGGAGAAACCUCCAGUGCAGCAACUCAGGCUCCAACAUCUCCCAUAACAAGCUCUCAAGUCAAAAUAAGAACCACUGCUGGAACAACAGGUGUCCCCAGCACCACGGCCCAGGCCAGAGAGGGCACAACCAUCAUUGCAACCACCACUAGCACCUCUCCUCCACAAACUGAAGGUACAACAACCAUCACCCCACCCACAACAACAGUGCCCACGCCAGCCACCAGUACUGCCAGCACCUCAAGGACUACCGAGGGAAGUAGCACAAGUGCCUCAGCCACAUCAGCUCCAGGAGAAACCUCCAGUGCAGCAACUCAGGCUCCAACAUCUCCCAUAACAAGCUCUCAAGUCAAAAUAAGAACCACUGCUGGAACAACAGGUGUCCCCAGCACCACGGCCCAGGCCAGAGAGGGCACAACCAUCAUUGCAACCACCACUAGCACCUCUCCUCCACAAACUGAAGGUACAACAACCAUCACCCCACCCACAACAACAGUGCCCACGCCAGCCACCAGUACUGCCAGCACCACAAGGACUACCGAGGGAAGUAGCACAAGUGCCUCAGCCACAUCAGCUCCAGGAGAAACCUCCAGUGCAGUAACUCAGGCUCCAACAUCUCCCAUAACAAGCUCUCAAGUCAAAAUAAGAACCACUGCUGGAACAACAGGUGUCCCCAGCACCACGGCCCAGGCCAGAGAGGGCACAACCAUCAUUGCAACCACCACUAGCACCUCUCCUCCACAAACUGAAGGUACAACAACCAUCACCCCACCCACAACAACAGUGCCCACGCCAGCCACCAGUACUGCCAGCACCACAAGGACUACCGAGGGAAGUAGCACAAGUGCCUCAGCCACAUCAGCUCCAGGAGAAACCUCCAGUGCAGCAACUCAGGCUCCAACAUCUCCCAUAACAAGCUCUCAAGUCAAAAUAAGAACCACUGCUGGAACAACAGGUGUCCCCAGCACCACGGCCCAGGCCAGAGAGGGCACAACCAUCAUUGCAACCACCACUAGCACCUCUCCUCCACAAACUGAAGGUACAACAACCAUCACCCCACCCACAACAACAGUGCCCACGCCAGCCACCAGUACUGCCAGCACCACAAGGACUACCGAGGGAAGUAGCACAAGUGCCUCAGCCACAUCAGCUCCAGGAGAAACCUCCAGUGCAGUAACUCAGGCUCCAACAUCUCCCAUAACAAGCUCUCAAGUCAAAAUAAGAACCACUGCUGGAACAACAGGUGUCCCCAGCACCACGGCCCAGGCCAGAGAGGGCACAACCAUCAUUGCAACCACCACUAGCACCUCUCCUCCACAAACUGAAGGUACAACAACCAUCACCCCACCCACAACAACAGUGCCCACGCCAGCCACCAGUACUGCCAGCACCUCAAGGACUACCGAGGGAAGUAGCACAAGUGCCUCAGCCACAUCAGCUCCAGGAGGAACCUCCAGUGCAGCAACUCAGGCUCCAACAUCUCCCAUAACAAGCUCUCAAGUCAAAAUAAGAACCACUGCUGGAACAACAGGUGUCCCCAGCACCACGGCCCAGGCCAGAGAGGGCACAACCAUCAUUGCAACCACCACUAGCACCUCUCCUCCACAAACUGAAGGUACAACAACCAUCACCCCACCCACAACAACAGUGCCCACGCCAGCCACCAGUACUGCCAGCACCUCAAGGACUACCGAGGGAAGUAGCACAAGUGCCUCAGCCACAUCAGCUCCAGGAGAAACCUCCAGUGCAGCAACUCAGGCUCCAACAUCUCCCAUAACAAGCUCUCAAGUCAAAAUAAGAACCACUGCUGGAACAACAGGUGUCCCCAGCACCACGGCCCAGGCCAGAGAGGGCACAACCAUCAUUGCAACUACCAAUGGCAGUGCCUCCACUUCACCUGAAACAAAAUUAAGAACCACUACUGGCCCCUCAGCUCUGCUCAGUACCACUCUUCCUCAGUCUGGAAGUACCUCAGGUAUUACAGAAACUCUUACAACAUUCUUUUCUCCUACUGUAGAAAAUAUUGCUAAAACAUUUUUCUCUCGCAUUACUGUCCCGGCCAGCAAGGAAUGUGAGAUUGAGCCCUUCUAUGGGCCAUGUCCUCUGAGAACUCCCGUUCCUUCAGUUGCCUCCUCAACUGCAUCGCAAGCUGCCUCACCAACCACAGCAACAACCUUCACAACUUCAGUAGAAAGAAACUGUACUGAUGUCAAUCCUGCACGAAAGCCUGGAGAGGAGUGGAUAAAUGAAUGCCAGAAGUGUGUCUGUGACUCACUCACUGCUACUGUGCAAUGCCAGCCGCUCCCAUGCCAAACAGCUCAGCAAACAAUUUGUGACCUAGGAUUUGUUUCCAUGCCUGUACUACCACAAAAAGACCCAUGUUGUCCUGAAUUUGAAUGCCAACCAGUACCUGAUGUCUGUGUGAUUAAUGGAACACUGUACACGGUUGGAAAGUCAGUAGUAAUCGAUUCAUGUAAGAAGUGUACUUGCAGUUCUGAGAAAGAUCCAGAGACUAAUGCAAACAUUGUGCAUUGUGAAAAAAUUCAGUGUGAGACAUCUUGCCCAUUGGGUUACCAAUACAUGACUGAGGAAGGACAGUGCUGUGGGAAGUGUAUUGAAGUAGCUUGCAAAGUCAAACUCAGUAACAACACUGUUCAUGUGCUCAAUGUUAAUGAGAUCCUGCCACUUGAUCAAUGCAGCCAUUACAAAUGUGAAAAAAUUGAAGAUCAGUUUGUUGCAGUCCAAAGUAAAAAAGUAUGCCCUGAGUACGACCCCGGAGAGUGUGAUCCUGACGAAGCAGAGAUUACAUCUGAUGGCUGCUGCAAAAUAUGUAAACCUAAAAACUGCAAGCCUUACACCAAGGAAACUGUGAUCCGCCAUGCUGACUGCGAGUCUUCUGAACCUGUUGAGCUGUCAUAUUGUGAAGGAACUUGUCCUGGCUCCUCAAUGGUGAACCACUUAGGGGAUGAGGGAAAGGCUGUGGAUAUUGUCUACCCAGACUUUUGUAAAGCUUUUGACAGCAUUUUCCUGGAGAAGCUGGGAGCUCUUAGCUUGGACAGAUGA